GUAAAAGUGCGGUGGACGAUGGAUAACCGACAUCGCGUUUUCUCUGACAGCGCCACACCUCUCCCACACAUUGAAUAGUCCAUUUGUACCCCUAAUGACCUAGUGAGAGACGAGACAACAGCUUUGAAAAAGAUUUGGACAGAAUGGGAGCAUACGCACACUGCUGUACCUUGCUUCUUAUUGUAUUCUUAGCGCUCCAGCAAUCUGCUGGAUUUUGGCUAUUUGAUGUGGUCUUUCCACGAAGUGCCAAUCCUCAAAACAAAGUGCCAAGCAAUGGCACUCCACCAGUUCUUAUAGUGCCUGGGAACCUAGGAAACCGGCUUGAGGCCAAGAUUGACAAGCCAAGCCUUGUGCAUUGGAUGUGCUACAAAAAGACAGAUGACUUUUUCACGCUUUGGAUUGACCUGAAUAUGUUCAUGCCAAUUGGUAUUGACUGUUGGAUUGAUAAUAUAAGAGUGGUGUACAAUAGGACAUCUCGCAAGACUUCCAAUUCUGCAGGGGUGACUGUGAGAGUGCCUGGUUUUGGACAGACAUAUUCGGUCGAGUUCUUGGACAAUAACAAAUUGUCAGGUUAUUUUCAUACUAUGGUUACACAUUUGGUCAACAUUGGAUAUGUCCGCAAUCAGACUGUCCGAGCAGCACCGUAUGACUGGAGAGUAGCUCCAAACGAGCAGGAGGAAUACUUCACACGACUGAAGAAUCUGCUUGAGGAAAUGUACUAUCAAUAUCAACAACCAGUUUACAUCCUGGGACACAGCAUGGGAAGCAAUUAUGUCCUCUACUUCUUACUUCAGCAGACCCAGGCUUGGAAAGACAGAUACAUCAAAGGCUUCAUUUCACUUGGAGCACCGUGGGGUGGGGCGGUCAAGCCACUUCGAGUGUUAGCAUCAGGUGAAAAUGAUGGCAUCCCACUAGUGUCCAACAUCAAGAUCCGGGAAGAGCAGCGGAUGACCACCACAAACCCCUGGAUGCUCCCAUUUGAAGAGGCUUGGCCUGCAGACCAUGUCUUCAUCUCCACACCAUCAUUCAACUACACCCACCAGGACUACCACCGCUUCUUCAAAGACAUUGACUUUGAGGAUGGCUGGUUCAUGUGGGAGGACACCAGAAACCUGACAGCUGGUCUGCCCCCUCCUGGUGUUGAGACAUACUGCUUCUAUGGUGUGGGAUUGCCCACACCGGUUACUUAUAUUUACGAUGACCAGUUCCCAGAUUCAGACCCUAUAGACUAUGUGUAUGCUGAUGGGGAUGAUACAGUGGAAAGUGUUAGCAUGGGUCUGUGUAAGCGCUGGGUAGGGAAACAACAACAGCCUGUCCAUAUCAAGGAAUUCAAGGCUAUGCCCCAUUUGGAAAUGGUAUUCAAUAGCAAGGUCCUCAGCGUUGUACAGAGUAUCCUGGAGGGAAAGUAUAAGGAAGAUGAUUCUACUAUGCAUGAGACUGAUGAACGUCCCAUUGACUCUCCACAAGAUCUGACCCAGCCGGUCCAGGGGCCUCAUUUAUAAUUCCAUGGAAGUGAUGGGGGGCAUGUGAGCACAUAAAGAAAGAAAAUUCAUUGCA